AGAGGUACGUACAUACAACAAAUGUAUGUCUGGACAUGAGUCCAGGGUUCCUCCUAAGGAAGAGGUACGUACAUACAACAAAUGUAUGUCUGGACAUGAGUCCAGGGUUCCUCCUAAGGAAGAGGUACGUACAUACAACAAAUGUAUGUCUGGACAUGAGUCCAGGGUUCCUCCUAAGGAAGAGGUACGUACAUACAACAAAUGUAUGUCUGGACAUGAGUCCAGGGUUCCUCCUAAGGAAGAGGUACGUACAUACAACAAAUGUAUGUCUGGACAUGAGUCCAGGGUUCCUCCUAAGGAAGAGGUACGUACAUACAACAAAUGUAUGUCUGGACAUGAGUCCAGGGUUCCUCCUAAGGAAGAGCCUGCAAUCAGUGAACAGCCAUUUAAUGGAGUGAUGUGUCCCGGAGGGAUGUCCGAAUGUCCAGAUGAUACCACCUGUUGUAUACUAGCCAGCGGGCGGUACGGCUGCUGUCCCUACCCAGAGGCUGUGUGCUGUUCUGAUAUGAAGCACUGCUGUCGCCAAGGAUACACCUGUGAUUUGACUAAAGGCUGCUGUGUACAGGGAGAUUCCUUCAUGCCUCUGAUGACAAAACUUCCUGCCUUUCAAUUGCAACUUACUGGCCAUCAGAAUGAAAACACAGCUUCACCAAAAGUGUUGGAAGGUUCGAUGAUUGCUGAUGCUGUAGAAAUUUGUCCUGGAGGUGACCAGUCCUGUGCAAGUGGUUACAGCUGCUGUAUGAACACCAACGGAACUUACAGCUGUUGUGGUUACUCCCCAGCCCAUUGUUGUGAUGAUAAGGUUCACUGCUGUCCCGCCUCCUACAAGUGUCUUAGUUCUGGUCUGUGUGAGGAUAAAAAUGGCUUCCAGUUGCCAUGGACACGCAAGGUAGAGGCCACUGCCUUAAAGGUCAAGGCCAACAUUGUUUGUCCUGACAAAAGUCAGUGUACAGAAGGAAAGACCUGUUGUAUGAAGGGCGUCAAUAUCUAUGGAUGCUGUCCUCUCAGAAAUGCUGUUUGUUGCACUGACAAGAAACACUGUUGUCCCUACGGGUACAAAUGUGGCCCUAAAAUUGGCACCUGCAUGCAAGGUUACCAUGUCACUGACCUCUCCAUGGAAACCAACCUCGACCAAUCAGAUGAGUUGACCCCAGACCACAAGGUUGCUGUUAAGGAGACGGUACUCUCUACUAAUAUCGUAUGUCCAGACGGGCAGAGUGAAUGUAAGACGGGACAGACUUGCUGCAGAGAAGAAUCUGGCCGAUACGGAUGUUGUCCUAUUCCGCAAGCGGUUUGCUGUGCAGACAUGAAACACUGCUGUCCAGAGGGCACACAAUGCGCCACUGGUGCAGGCAAGUGUAUCCGUGGUAACGGUUUGUCUGUGGACUGGUUGGAGAAAACUGAAAGCCGACCCGUAGCUACAUUGUCAGAUGUUAUUUGUCCUGGUGGAAAGUCGGAGUGCCCAUCCGGUAACACCUGCUGUUUAGUUGGAGACAAUAAAUACGGAUGCUGUCCUAGACCGAACGCGGUUUGCUGUGCAGACAUGAAACAUUGCUGUCCAGAGGGCAAACAAUGCGACACUGGUGCAGGCACGUGUACCGGCGGUAACGGUUUGUCUAUGGAAUGGUUGGAGAAAACUGAGAGCCGACCCGUAGCUGUGUUGUCAGAUGUAAUUUGUCCUGAUGGAAAGUCGGAGUGCCCAUCCGGUAACACAUGCUGUUUAGUUGGAGAGGAUAAAUACGGAUGCUGUCCUAGACCGAACGCGGUUUGCUGUGCAGACAUGAAACAUUGCUGUCCAGAGGGCAAACAAUGCGACACUGGUGCAGGCACGUGUACCGGCGGUAACGGUUUGUCUAUGGAAUGGUUGGAGAAAACUGAGAGCCGACCUGUGGCUGUGUUGUCAGAUGUAAUUUGUCCUGAUGGAAAGUCGGAGUGCCCAUCCGGUAACACAUGCUGUUUAGUUGGAGAGGAUAAAUACGGAUGCUGUCCUAGACCGAACGCGGUUUGCUGUGCAGACAUGAAACACUGCUGUCCAGAGGGCAAACAAUGCGACACUGGUGCAGGCACGUGUACCGGCGGUAACGGUUUGUCUAUGGAAUGGUUGGAGAAAACUGAGAGCCGACCCGUAGCUGUGUUGUCAGAUGUAAUUUGUCCUGAUGGAAAGUCGGAGUGCCCAUCCGGUAACACAUGCUGUUUAGUUGGAGAGGAUAAAUACGGAUGCUGUCCUAGACCGAACGCGGUUUGCUGUGCAGACAUGAAACAUUGCUGUCCAGAGGGCAAACAAUGCGACACUGGUGCAGGCACGUGUACCGGCGGUAACGGUUUGUCUAUGGAAUGGUUGGAGAAAACUGAGAGCCGACCUGUGGCUGUGUUGUCAGAUGUAAUUUGUCCUGAUGGAAAGUCGGAGUGCCCAUCCGGUAACACAUGCUGUUUAGUUGGAGAGGAUAAAUACGGAUGCUGUCCUAGACCGAACGCGGUUUGCUGUGCAGACAUGAAACAUUGCUGUCCAGAGGGCAAACAAUGUGACACUGGUGCAGGCACGUGUACCGGCGGUAACGGUUUGUCUAUGGACUGGUUGGAAAAAACUGAGGGCCGACCUGUGGCUGUGUUGUCAGAUGUUAUUUGUCCUGAUGGAAAGUCGGAGUGCCCAUCUGGUAACACCUGCUGUUUGGUUGGAGAGGAUAAAUACGGAUGCUGUCCUAGACCGAACGCGGAAUGUUGUGCAGACAAGAAGCACUGUUGCCCACAAGGCUACGAGUGUGAGACGGGCCAAGGAAAAUGCACCAAGGGUGACCACGUCAUUGAUUGGUUGGAAAAAUCUCCGUCCAGCAUAGUGACCAAGUCCCCAGGGGUAAGUGGUCAACACCUUUGUCCGGACCACCUUUCCGUUUGUGAGCCUGGUCAGACCUGCUGUAAGAUGACCGGCCACCUGUAUGGAUGCUGUCCCUUCCCACAGGGAGUUUGUUGUGGAGAUAACAGUGGUCACUGUUGUCCAGCAGGGUACACCUGUAAUGUCCAGGAACAGAACUGUAGAAAGGAUGGACAAGUCAUUGAGUUCACAAAGGUCAACACAAUAUCUGUCCAGAAUGUGGUCUGUCCUGACAAGAAAUCAGAAUGUCCAACAGGAAAUACUUGUUGUCUUGGAGUUGGAGACCGAUAUGGAUGCUGCCCGCUGCCAAAUGCGGUUUGCUGUGCAGAUGGGAAACAUUGCUGUCCAGAGAAUACAAAAUGCGACACUGGUGCAGGCAAGUGUAUCCGUGGUAACGGUUUGUCUAUGGACUGGUUGGAGAAGACUGAAAGCCGACCCGUAGCUACAUUGUCAGGUGUUGUUUGUCCUGAUGGAAAGUCGGAGUGCCCAUCCGGUAGCACAUGCUGUUUGGUUGGAGAGAAUAAAUACGGAUGCUGCCCUCAACCGAACGCGGUUUGCUGUGCAGAUGGGAAACAUUGCUGUCCAGAGAAUACAAAAUGCGACACUGGUGCAGGCAAGUGUAUCCGUGGUAACGGUUUGUCUAUGGACUGGUUGGAGAAGACUGAAAGCCGACCCGUAGCUACAUUGUCAGGUGUUGUUUGUCCUGAUGGAAAGUCGGAGUGCCCAUCCGGUAGCACAUGCUGUUUGGUUGGAGAGAAUAAAUACGGAUGCUGCCCUCAACCGAACGCGGUUUGCUGUGCAGAUGGGAAACAUUGCUGUCCAGAGAAUACAAAAUGCGACACUGGUGCAGGCAAGUGUAUCCGUGGUAACGGUUUGUCUAUGGACUGGUUGGAGAAGACUGAAAGCCGACCCGUAGCUACAUUGUCAGGUGUUGUUUGUCCUGAUGGAAAGUCGGAGUGCCCAUCCGGUAGCACAUGCUGUUUGGUUGGAGAGAAUAAAUACGGAUGCUGCCCUCAACCGAACGCGGUUUGCUGUACAGAUGGGAAACAUUGCUGUCCAGAGAAUACAAAAUGCGACACUGGUGCAGGCAAGUGUAUCCGUGGUACCGGUUUGUCUAUGGACUGGUUGGAAAAAACUGAAAGCCGACCCGUUGCUUCAUUGUCAGGUGUUGUUUUUCCUGAUGGAAAGUCAGAUGAAAUUUGUCCUGGCGGGAAAUCCACUUGUCCAUUGGAUAGCACGUGCUGUCUAACAGUAGAUGGUGCAUACGGAUGCUGUCCUAGACGGAAGGCGGUCUGCUGUGAGGACAGGAAACACUGCUGUCCCGAAAAUACAAAAUGCGACACUACUGAAGGAAAGUGUGUUUCCGGAAAUAGUUUGUCCAUGGACUGGUUGGAGACAAGUGAAUCAGUUUUGAUCGAAAAUAAGUCUCCAUCUGCUGCUGUCAUUGUUGCUGCUAACAGCGAUAUUAAGACAUCGCUCACGUCUAUCGACUGUCCCGGGGGUGGUUCCUGUCCGGAUAGUAACACGUGCUGUAAGGAUUCAACGGGAAAGGAAGGCUGCUGUCCAUAUGCAAAGGCCGUUUGUUGUCCCAACGGGAAAUACUGCUGUCCCCAUGACUACAUAUGUGACACACUACCAAUGAUCUGCCGGAUGCCAGAUGGAAUAAAACGGGCAGAUUUCAACACAAAUCUGUUCUUGCAGCAUAUAGCCAGCAAACAGAGGGAACGUGGUGGCAAGAACUAAUUUAGAUUUACUUAAAACUAAUUUAGAUUUACUUCACGUUAAAUGGUUAAUGUCAAUCGGUUUCAAUGUCAUGAGAUGUUUAUUUUUCAGUUCAUUCAUGAAAAUCUUAAUUUAAGAAUAUAUCAAGUGUUUGUUGAGGCAAAAAAAGGAAGAAGGGAACGCUAAGAGGUUGUCAUUAAUGAAUUCAAAAAGCAACCGCAAAAAUAAUUAUUUGGUGAAAUAUGGGUAAUAUAUAUACUAUCUAGGAAAUCAGACAUAAUUGCGUGUAUAUAUGAUAAGAUAUAUACAUCGUUUACUUACAUACUAUUGCCAGAGAAAAAACUUUAUUUUUAUCACUGCUUUAUUGGUUUUUUUGUGUUUGUUGUUUUUCAAACUAGAGCACGGUUUUGCUAUUAAGCCCUAUGAAAUUAACACUGGAACAAGCAUGUCUUGAUUAUUUACUAAAUUUGUUAACUUUGAAUUCGCUUAAUAAUAAAAAUAUUGUUAUUAACAUUUGUUAUCCGAUCAUAUCUUGAAUAUCGAGUAGGUAUAUAUAGUUGGUAUCGCAGUGACUCAUUAGAACAGGGUAAUUGACGGGAUCAAAGCAUUUUGCUCCCUCUGGAUAAUCCCUAAUGCUGAGUAUAUAUCUGGGUUAGAAUAACCCAUAUGUGUGCCGUGUGAUAAUGAUAGCACUGUUCAUGUAUUGCUUCGUGUUUUACGAGGCCAUUUACUUAAUAAUCGUUGUUUCAUGUUAAUUUCCUGAAAUGUUUAAACCAUAUCAACCAACUUUUUUUUCUUAACACUGAUUAUACUUGUGAUUUUUGUUGGGGAUUAUAUCCCCUUAAAUAUUUAAUCGUAAUUAGUUAGUAAAUCAGAGUGCUAUUUAACCAUUUAACAUAUGUGUAUGAUUUAUCAUCAAAACAUUUCUGCUUUCCUAGUGUGACCCCAACCCCUGCCCCUAAAUAUACAUAAAAAAUGAUAAUUCAAUUAUCUGUGAACGGGAUGUUAAAGAAAUAUAUUUGUACAUGUUGUGUAUAUUAGUGUUCUCUCAAAGAGCGAAGUAUAUCUGGAAAAGUAGACUUGUCCUCACUUAGUGAUAUUAUAGCAGGUACGGCAAUGAUUUUUUUCAAAGUUUACAUUCAGGCAUAAGUUACAACAGGGUAGUAUUAGGAAUCAAUCUUUACCUCAGGGUAAAAUGGUAACAGCCUUGUAUGCCUGAAAUAUUCGGGUUUUCCCGGUCCUGUUAGGUUAUCUCCGUCUUUUUGACGUCAUUACCGCUGCAUAAAACCACACCAGCCUAUAGCAACAGUGUACAUUUGUUGAAAAUACAAGUGCUACAUUAUUAAUCGAUGUUAGAACGCAUUUACAAUAGUUUAGUGCAUUGUCCAAUUGGCGAAACUUCCAAUGUGAUUCUUUGACCGGAUAUUUUAAGUUAAAAGAGAAAACAUGAAAAUUAAAGGACGUUUGAAAAUCUUAGUGCCCUAUUGAAUUGGGUUUCAACUUUCUUAGUAAUUGUAGUGUUAUAUUUGUUUAUAUUGUAUAAAAGUCAACAUUUUCCAUCAUGUUAAAUAUGAUCUUCAGAUUUUUUAGUGAAAUUUGAAAUUUGAAAAAAUACAAUUAUUUUCCGUUCAGUCAAACAAAUGUUUCAAAGUAACUGUGUUGUAUACCAGUGUAAGAUCUUUUAUCUUUCCGUUAAAAAUAAAAUCAACGAAAAAUUGUAUUUAAACUUUCCUUGUGAUUUCUUUCGGUUCACGUCACGUCUUAAUCUGUUUAUUGAAGCCAUUCGGAGAUCGCUGUCCUUGUUUCAAAUUGACGUCACACUUAUGAUUGAUCCCCGAUUACUUUAACAGCUUGAAUGAACGACCUGGACAGUUUCCAUCUGAAAACGUGAUGUUUCUGGCUGUUGUUGCUACUAAAAAGCUUAUCGGAUGGUAAACCUAAGGGCCAUACAACAGAAAUAUAGAUAAACUAGCAUAUAGUAAAUACUGUAUUUAAUACUGUAUACAGCUGUUAUGUGAUUAUUUUAUGAAAUUCUGUUCUCCAAUAGUUGAUAACUUUCCUGUAACUUUGAUACUCCCAGUCGUUUUGACUUUGCGGAUGUAUCUUAAUUAGAAAACAGCAAAACAAAUCACUGCCGCCAAAUAACAACUUAUACUUUACCUAUUUUUAUACAACACAUUCCAUUAUUUUUCCUAUAUUAAUGCUGUGACUUGACUUUGUCAGGUUUUGCUGUUUGAUUUGCAUGCCUUGUUGUUGUUGUCUUUGCUGUAUUUUGAUAAAGUAUUUUUGGAAGUCUUCUUUUGCUUUUGUGCAAGGCUGUCCUAUUAAUAGAUUAAUUUAUACGUAAAAAGCAUAACUAGUUUGCUUGUGUUAUGGUUAGUGCCAAAAUGUAUACUUAUGUGUCCGGAGUUGACUACAUUUGUAACUAUAAAGUAGUCUGAAGGCAACGCAGAGGAACAUAGUAAAUACAUGCAUAGACACGUACAUGUAGAAAAUUUAUGUUUCUAACAUACAUUAACAUGAACAACAUAAACAAAGCUUCAACGACAGGGCCGGGGAGUCCUAUCUCCAGUCCGCUUACAAAGUUUACACUUUCAUCACGUGUAUAUAGACAAAAAUGACUCAAAUAGUUCCAUGAGAAAAUGGUAGAAAUCAGGACGUGAUCAUGUCUAAAUACGUACACAAAAUAACAGAUAUCCUGUUUUGUACAUGCGAUCUUACAGACUUCACACUCAAAUUUCAAAGAUAUAUAUAUAUAUGUUUUGUUAGUGUCUCAUAUACAUGUAUAUAUGUAAAGUGUGUCGUGUCAGUGAAAAGAGUUAUGACAUAGCUUACUUUCAAACUGACAACGUGAAGGCAAGUCUAUAGUAACAGAGUUAAACAAUGGGUGCAUGUGUACUUACCAAAUAUUGAGAUUUUCCCUUUAUGUUUCAAUUCUGAUGUUUUCAUUUACUGGUGUCUGUUUCAUUUUACAAAUGUAAAACCAUUAGAGAAGUUCGUUAAGUGCGUCGUUUAAGAAAAUAGUGUACAGGUUUUUCGUGUAAAUGCUUGAGUGCAUGAUAAGGAAUGGAUGAUCAUAUACAUUGUACUUAUAGAAAUUCUAACAAUAUUUGUGUUCUACAAAGUCGGUUUACACAAAAUAAAAAAUAUAUAUAUCUUAAA